AUGUCUCUCAACGAAUGCAACAACAAAUCCUCUCUCGGCGCCACCAUCCCACCACCCACUCCCGUCGCCUCAUCGAUCCAAACGCCGCCAUCAACACCUACAUCCUCCGCCUCCCAACAAGCAGGCGCCGACUACCACUUCCACCACGGCGAAGGCGCCCACCGCUUUUCCAAAUCCAAAAUCCACACCAAGCGCUGCAGCGAGCAUCCACCUCCGGAACCACGCAAGCACCAGGCCAAGCGCAACCCAGCCUUCAAACUCAAGAAAGGCGAGAAGCAGCGCCGUGAAGCCGUCGAGCCCGAAGCCACGCCCGGCCAGUCCACGAAGAGGACGCUGAGCAAGUCCCAGCUAUUCCAGAUCUACGCCGCUUUCCUGCUUCCGAACGGCCAGUGCAAGCCCAGGGAGGGCCGGGGCAAGAACAGGAUGAAGCGUAGCCCCUUCUCCGGUCUCAAGAGUCGGAGGACUGCGAACCAGCAACGGGAAUAG